AUGGAUGGCUCAUCGAAGUUGAUGGUGUUGAACCGCUCAAAUCAGGAAGGAGCUCCACCGUUUCUGUCUGACCCUGCCCGGCUCAUGUUCUUCGGUUAUAAAUCGUUAGCCUUAUUUCUCCAAGAGCUUAUCACGGACUACUCUCGUCGUGAUCUUACCUUCCCGAAAAAGGAUAAGGUAGUUGCAUUUUCCGGCAUAGCUGAGCGUAUUAAGGAAGCUCUAGCUACUAAAGUCAGAUACGGUGUCUUCCAUUGCUUUCUUUCUCGGCUUCUCUUGUGGAAGCGGGCUGGAAUGGAGAAUGAUCAAAUUUUUUAUGACGAUGAUUAUAUGCUGUCGUGGUCUUGGAUGCUUUAUAAUGGUAAAAUUGACUUUUUGACACAAUCGGAUCUUAAAGUCCCAAGACACCAAAGCCUGAGCUUUGACGAGUCCGAGCGCGGCAUCAAUAUCGAAGUUCGACAAUUCGAAGGUUGUUAUACGCAAGAAAGGGAUGGAGAGCAUAUAAUAUUCACCAGUACAAAGAAGGUCGAAGCUACGAAGGAAGUCGAAGUCGGCAUCCUACAUUUUGACACGAAUUCGGCGGCCAAAGUUAAGUCUCGGGACUGUCUUGUCAUCGGAGUGAGUAGAGAUGACGAUAAGGAUGACCCUAACAAGGAAUACUAUAUACUUACCGUACAAAAAACAUCGAAAGAGAAAGAGUAUGAAAGGCUGGAAGUUGGGCGAGUGCGAGCCGGCUACGUCUCGAAAGGAAGUACUUCUGGGAAGCUUCUGUGACCUGGCCGUUUCCCUCUAUUCCAUGUCAUUGGACAACAGCAGCACGAUAGUAUUAUUGCUCAAGUUGAACGAACUGAAGUAAAUUCAGACAAGGAUUCCUGGUGUUCAGCAGAGUAGUUAGACAAAAGGCAGACUAUCAAAGAUAUUUCAGUUUAGUACUGUAUCUCAUUGCUGCUUGUCAUGCCGUCAUGAAGACCCUACUUGCUCUGGGGUAAAUCAAUGGUUGGGGUCUUUCGUACAUAAUAAUAAGAGCAUGGUGUAAUUGAUUCGUUCCUCUUUCAGCUCGCUGUCUUUUGUAAUUCCCGUGCAGAAGAGGCCUGGGUUGUAAGGCUCAUUCGCGAUUCUUCUCUUGUUGAACUGUUUCUUUGGACCCACUAGUCGAGGAAAACGCCU